CCUCCUAUGGGGAGGAGAGGGAAUUAAAUACUGGACGAAUCCGGGUUCCGCUUACAAGAGCGGAGGAUCAAUUGUACGGCCACUUUCCCCAUGUCAGUUGUGACAGAGCGGGCAUACCAGCUGCCGUCCCGCCGUUUGCUUACUCAAGUACCAAUCAACUCCGACAUGUUGCUUACUCAAGUACCAACCAAUUCCCACGUAUACUGACAAAUGCUAAACCAUCCGACUCCACCAAUUCGUGCAGAAGGAUUCAAACAAUCAAGAUGAUCGCACAACUAAAGAUUCUAUGUACCCACAAAACCUGGGUAUGUUCUGAGAUAUGUCUGCGAAAAAGGAGUACGUUAGGAGACUACGGGUCUGUAAUGGUCAUAUGAGUGAACCGGUUUGGAUGCUUACCCCUUGAUUUGGGAGUCCCGACAUAACAUCAGGGUGAAGUAACCUGGUUUUUCGGACUCUCCAUGCACAAUUUGACAGGAUUUGAAAGUUCAAGGCUGGGCACCUAUACAUGGAUAACACGUACUUCAAAUCAUCGGAACUCCGUGGUUGAUCGCAGGUAUAUAGCAGCUGGCGAUGCUAUUACAUGUUUCACUCGCAGUUCAAGUUCACUAUCUCUUCUAAAUCUUUCAUUGAGAAUCACAUGUCAAAAUUCACGGAAAUUAGAAAGAAAACUAUAAAUUAUGGCUAGUCUAGAACAGCAAUUCGAAGCAGCAACCUCAGCUCGAGAGAUCCCUGGGGUUGUCCUUCUUGCCAGCAACGCUGAUGGAACAUUCAAAUACGAAAAGGCAAUUGGCCAAGCAACCCCAAACUCUCAAAUUGAGCUUGACUCGACCUUCAUCAUGGCAUCAUGCACAAAGCUAGUAACUUCCAUCGCUGGUUUGCGGUGCGUAGAACAAGGACAGAUUGGUCUUGACGAUGAUCUUUCUCCCAUUUUGACAGAGUUCAAAGGCAUCCAAAUCCUUGAAGGCUUUCAAACUGGAACAGAUGGAAAGGACAUUCCUAUUCUCAAGCCAGCUCAGAACAAGAUCACUUUAAGACAUCUACUUUCACACACAGCGGGAAUCGGCUAUGAUAGUUGGGCACCAGAGCUCGUCAGAUUCCGCGCCUCUCAAGGUAUCGACUCCGUUCAUACCCGUAACACCGAUAUGUUGAAGACUAUCACUCUCCCACUUUUAUUCGAGCCCGGGACAUCUUGGACUUACGGUUACAGUCUCGAAUGGGUAUCGGUUCUUGUGACUCGUCUCAACAACGGCCAAUCUUUGGAAGACUACGCUCAAACCCACAUUUUCAACCCCCUCAAUAUUAAUGACAUAACAUUCCACCGAGACCGCAAAUCACAUGUUCAAAAAAAGCUCGUGAAAAUGACCUUUCGCAGUGGAUUAGACAAUCCCAAACCAAUUCUAGCAUUUCCAAGCAAAGGCAAUGGGAAGGUAGAAUGGACUGAUGAGAAUCUGUACAUCAUUGAACAAAAAGAUUGUUUUGGCGGCCAUGGACUUGCCGGUUCCGCAAGUUCGUAUCUCAAAAUCCUCUUAUCUCUUCUGCGCGACGAUGAGAUUCUACUCAAGAAGUCCACCACAGCGGAAAUGUUCAAAUCGCAGAUCUCGGAAAAUGCAGUCAAGAAUAUGUGUGCUGGUUUCGUGGCCGCAGAUUUUUUCCAGGGGAAGUUUUCUAGUCAACCACCAGGGCGAAAAUUAAACCAUGGAUUAGGUGGAUUGCUGAUAGAAGAAGACGUCGAGGGAGGCAAGAAGAAGGGUACCUUGACUUGGAGUGGUAUGCCAAAUUUGUUGUGGAGUAUCGAUAGAGAGUCGGGAUUAGCUUGCUUCUAUGCCAGCAACGUGUUGCCUUUUGGGGAUCCAAAGAGUCAUGAGAUGCAACAACUGUUUGAGAGACAGAUGUAUAAGAGAUUUGGCGAGUUUCAAAAGACGUUGAACUGAGGCGGGUAGAGGAGUUCCUACGGACUCGUUUGUGUCCUCGUUUUCAUUUAGAAUAUCCAGUUGUUAUUAUCCAAUAUGCUACAAAUUAUCAAAUACCUUAUAUGUAGUCCUUCUC